AUGCAAGAUUGUCGGCUAGCCCAGAAAAGUAGUGGUCACCGGGUCGGCCCUACACAUAUUAGUUCCGUGCAGCGCCUUCUAGUCAUGAAGCAACGCCAGCAAAAGCAUGUGACGUACGUUAGCCGUUGCGAGACCUGUAGGCAUGCUUUUACCAUUGGCCCCGUCUUCAUGAGGGUCCAAUUUCCCAAGUUCACCGUUCGUCUCGGCGACAGCGCCACAAUGUGGAGUAGUCUUAGUAGGAGGGCCAUGCGUCGCAGUGCAUCCAAGCCGCCCUAUGAUGACUUCCAGAAGCGUAGUGCGUCGUGUGAGACUGUCGCAAGACACAAAUUUCAAAGUCGGGCUCCGCAGAAGUGCAUUCCUGGGACCUACCUAUUAAGAGGCAUGUCUGCCGAAGGCACUUUGAAAGCCGGGUGCUAG